AUGGAUUCCGAAAGUUUUUGCCCUGAACUUGAAAAACGCAUCCGCUGGGGUGGGCCGCAAGGUGAUGAUGAAGACGAAGACGAAGAUGAGUAUACAAUGAUCAAAAAACUAGCUUUAAAGGCAAAAAAGGCCAGAGAAGAACGCGAGAGAAAAAAGGCGGAAGUUCGUAGACGUCUGGAAGAAGCCGGGCGAGCCAAAAAAGCUAAAAAAGGUUUCUUGACACCAGAACGUAAGAAGAAACUCAGAAAGCUGCUUAUGAUGAAAGCAGCAGAAGAUUUAAAACAACAGCAGAUGCUGAAAGAACAAGAAAGACAACGUAUUUUGCAAGAAAGAAUCAUACCAUUGCCAGAUUUGGAAGGAGCUGAUAUGGAGGAGUUGGAACAAAUUGCAAAGGAUAUGGCGACACGACUGAUGGAACUUGAAAGUGAGCACUAUGACAUCAAUUAUACUGUUCGACAGAAAGACUUCGAAAUCAACGAAUUGACAAUUGCUGUGAACGAUUUGAGAGGCAAAUUUGUCAAACCGACAUUGAAGAAAGUUUCAAAGACUGAUUCCAGAUUCGACAAGAUUAAAAAGAAGGAUGUUAAGACGGUCGAUUUCCGAACAAAUCUUAAGAAUGUUGAUACCAAAAAAUUUGCCCUUGAUGAUGAGAAAGAGAAAGCAUCUAAAGCUGAAUGGAAGAAAUAA